CAACCCUUCCCCCAGUUCAGGACUUUGAAAAACGCCUCAGUGGCAGGGCAGUGUGUGUAGGGGGGCGCUCUAAAAACGUGGGGAGAUGGAUUUUCAUGCCAAGCGCUCCCCAGCGACCCAGACUCAGACCCUGGGGCAUCGGGUGUGUGCAGAGAGGGGGCAGUAUAGGGGAAGGGCUCAAGCAGGUGGCUCCACGGCCCAGGAAAGAGGGGUGGGAGGAGGCAGGGUUGGAGGCCGAGGGCACAGAGGCUCUGGAGAGGGAACACGCCAUGUCUGGAGUUCCAAAUUCUGGAUUUCUGGGGUCUGAACACAACAGCUAGGAGAGCCGCCGAGGUAGUUGGGGAGGCAGACAUUCCGGACCUCUUGUGCCUCAAGCAAACAACACAUUAGGGAGCUGAGAGGACACCAGGGAGCCAGGGACCAGCCUCUUUAGACAGAGGGAUCCUAAAACUUGAGGAGCUCCAUUAUUCCCUUCUACCCCCUCCAUCUCUGCGCACUGCCUCAUCUCCUCACCCUUUCUCUAGCCCAGUUUCUCUCUCAGGCUGAAACCUGGGCACCCAGCACAUGGGUAGGCCAGGUGACUGAGCCCCAUCCAUUCCACAGCCCCCUGCUGAGGCUUCCUCUGAGCAGCGGGCAUCCUGAGCUCUUGCCCAGCAUGGAGGGCCUGGAGGUGAGGCCAGAGGAGCUGAGGGCCUGGGGAUGGAGAGGAUGCGCUUUGCUCAGAGAAACAGGCAACCAAUAAAUAUUUAAUUCUCCUCUUUGCUUUUAUCUCCUGACCCACUGAGACAAAUCAGCUCAUUAAGCAGUGAUUCCCGGAGCUCAGACAGCAGGGAGAGUGCCUGGAAAGAUGGGGCAAGAAUGCGGAGCAGCUUCUCAGACCCUUGGAGCUGCCAACUUUCCCUCAAAUGUCCUGGUUCAGCUGACUCCUACACCAGCCGCCCAUCUCUGGACUCAGACGUCUCCUUGGAGGAGGACCGGGAAAGUGCCCGGCGUGAAGUAGAGAGCCAGGCUCAGCAGCAGCUCGAAAGGGCCAAGCACAAACCUGUGGCAUUUGCGGUGAGGACCAAUGUCAGCUACUGUGGCGUACUGGAUGAGGAGUGCCCCGUCCAGGGCUCUGGAGUCAACUUUGAGGCCAAAGAUUUUCUGCACAUUAAAGAGAAGUACAGCAAUGACUGGUGGAUCGGGCGGCUAGUGAAAGAGGGCGGGGACAUCGCUUUCAUCCCCAGCCCCCAGCGCCUGGAGAGCAUCCGGCUCAAACAGGAGCAGAAGGCCAGGAGAUCCGGGAACCCUUCCAGCCUGAGUGACAUUGGCAACCGACGCUCCCCUCCACCAUCUCUAGCCAAGCAGAAGCAAAAGCAGGCGGAACAUGUUCCCCCAUAUGACGUGGUGCCCUCCAUGCGGCCUGUGGUGUUGGUCGGACCCUCUCUGAAAGGUUAUGAGGUCACAGACAUGAUGCAGAAGGCUCUCUUUGACUUCCUCAAACACAGAUUUGAUGGCAGGAUCUCCAUCACUCGAGUCACAGCCGACCUCUCCCUGGCAAAGCGAUCUGUGCUCAACAAUCCUGGCAAGAGGACCAUCAUUGAGCGCUCCUCUGCCCGCUCUAGCAUCGCGGAAGUGCAGAGUGAGAUCGAGCGCAUAUUUGAGCUGGCCAAAUCCCUGCAGCUAGUAGUGUUGGACGCUGACACCAUCAACCACCCAGCACAGCUGGCCAAGACCUCGCUGGCCCCCAUCAUCGUUUUUGUCAAAGUGUCCUCACCAAAGGUACUCCAGCGUCUCAUUCGCUCCCGGGGGAAGUCACAGAUGAAGCACCUGACCGUACAGAUGAUGGCAUACGAUAAGCUGGUUCAGUGUCCACCGGAGUCAUUUGAUGUGAUUCUGGAUGAGAACCAGCUGGAGGAUGCCUGUGAGCACCUGGCCGAGUACCUGGAGGUUUACUGGCGGGCUACGCACCACCCAGCCCCUGGCCCUGGACUUCUGGGUCCUCCCAGUGUCAUCCCCGGACUUCAGAACCAGCAGCUGCUCGGGGAGCGUGGCGAGGAGCACUCCCCCCUCGAGCGGGACAGCUUGAUGCCCUCCGAUGAGGCCAGCGAGAGCUCCCGCCAAGCCUGGACAGGAUCUUCACAGCGUAGCUCCCGCCACCUGGAGGAGGACUAUGCGGAUGCCUACCAGGACCUGUACCAGCCUCACCGCCAACACACCUCGGGGCUGCCUAGUGCUAACGGGCAUGACCCCCAAGACCGGCUUCUAGCCCAGGACUCGGAGCACAACCACAAUGACCGGAACUGGCAGCGCAACCGGCCUUGGCCCAAGGAUAGCUACUGACAGCCUCCUGCUGCCCUACCCUGGCAGGCACAGGCACAGCUGGCUGGGGGGCCCACUCCAGGCAGGGUGGCGUUAGACUGGCAUUAGGCUGGCAUUAGGCUCAGCCCCCAAAACCCCCUGCUCAGCCCCAGCUUCAGGGCUGCCUGUGGUCCCAAGGUUCUGGGAGAAACAGGGGGCCCCCUCACCUCCUGGGCAGUGACCCCUACUAGGCUCCCAUUCCAGGUACUAGCUGUGUGUUCUGUACCCCUGGCACCUUCCUCUUCUCCCACACAGGAAGCUGCCCACUGGGCAGUGCCCUCAAGCCAGGAUCCCCUUAGCAGGGGCCUUCCCACCAGACUCAGGGAAGGGAUGCCCCAUCAAAGUGACAAAAAGGUGGGGUGUGGGCACCAUGGCAUGAGGAAGAAACAAGGUCCCUGAGCAGGUGCAAGUCCUGACAGUCAAGGGACUGCUUUGGCAUCCGAGGGCCUCCAGUCACCUCACUGCCACAUAUUAGAAAUGAGACAAUCAAAGCCCCCCCGGGGUGGCACACCUAUCCGUCUGCUGGGGUGGGGCAUCCACAUCCAAGACUGGAGCAGCAGGCUGGCCACACUCGGGCCAGAGAGAGCUCACAGCCGAACCUCUUGGAGGGAAGGGCUCUCCUCGCUCUGCCAGGAAGCUUCUUAACAUGUGACGGGACCAGGGGCCAGGAGCAUGGUGAAGCCAAGUGGCAGACGGGAGCUAACCUGGAUGGGGGUUUGGGGAAGGAGGGUGUGUGUAGCAGAGAACUUAUGGGGGCCUCCUUGCCUUUCUCAUUCUUUUGCCCUGCAUCCUGUCAUUUCUGUUCUUGUCCCUCAUACAUGCUGGGAGAACCGGGCUCCAGACUUUGUUCCCUGACUCAUAGCUGCCGCUUGUUAGGUUAGGAUUAGAUGGGGAGAGACAGGGCACAGAGGACCUGUCUCCCUGGCUACUCUCACCUUAAGGCUCUAGUGUGUGACCUACAGAGCAUGCUCCACAAGCCCCUGCCUCACCUCACUGUCAUCACUAAUAAACAUCAUACACAGUC